UGUGAGGUGGUUCAUUUUCCUUCAUUUCAUCUUUUUCUGCUAUGCAUUUAAUGGAAAUGUUUCAAAUAAAUGCAUGCAGGACACCACCAAGUUUGUUCUGGACCUUAAUAAAGCAAAGCCUAGUGAAUAUGCUGUUUUGAUGUAUGAUGCAUUUGGCAAAAUUGGAAGUGACUUUACAGGUGGGAACAUCAACAGGCCAGGCUCUGCUCGUGAGUGCUUGUUAGCCCAAGCACACAAUUUUAGUGGACAAUACUGCCAAGUCAUUUUGAAGCAGGAACAAACGAAGUACUUUGUUGGCAUAUGUGUCCCAGAUUCCUGCAGUGAGGCUGAAGUGCAAACUUUAGUUGUUUAUGAAGCCUUCCAUUAUAAGAAUAAAUCACUUGUGCCCCCUUAUCCAUCGAUGUUUCUUCUGGACUCAAUGCAAGGGAUCUACAUGAUACAAUGCUUAAGUGAAAACGUGUCCCCAGACUCCUCUGCUAUCAUUUGUCUGUUCAUGUGCUGUUUGUUAAUUGCAGUACCUCUUGCUGCCACCAUAUACAUUGCUGUUAUCAAAUGGAAACAUGAGAAAGAGGCUUUCCCCAGCGAUGCCUCUAGGUUACACUGCAGUCCCAAUGACUAUGGCACCCUCCUCAAAGACGAGGCUCACAAGAACGAGGAAGACCAUUCUAAGGUUAGAGGAAACCCAAAAGCAGAAUGCAGUGAUGUAAAAGAAGAGAACAGCAAGAAGAGCUACUUGUAUAAUGUCUUGCAAGCUUUCUCGCUGCAGAAGUGUGCAGCAGGGGUGUGGACUACAGAAAGUGCAAGUGAAAAUUACUCGUCUUUAAAUGGGAUACGGAUAUUGAGUCUUCUUUGGAUCAUUUCUGGACACACCAUCCAGCUAAGCGCUUGGAACAACUUAGACAAUGAAAAGAGAUGGAAAGAGACAGUAGAGAAUAAUCCAUUGUAUAUCUUUGCAUACAGUGGGCCUGUCUAUUUAGCUGUGGAUACCUUUCUGCUUGUGGGUGGUCUCCUCAGCGUGAAAUCCCUGUUCAGUUUCAUUCAGAAAGCAGAUGAUAAAAUCAGCAUGUGGCUUGUUGUUAAUUAUUUGUUUAAAAGAUUUAAAAGGAUUCAACCCCUUCAUCUUUACACAGUGUGCCUGGUCAUUGGACUGUUCUCAGUCAUCCCCAAAGGCUCUUUCUGGUUCAUUGUGGAGUCUGGGAUAGAGAACUGUAAAAGAUACUGGUGGUCAAAUGUACUGCUAAUAAACAAUUUGUUCACAACAGCUGACAUGUGCACCCCUUGGACAUGGUACCUGUCUGUGGACUUUCAGUUCUAUAUCUCAACUCCUUUGUUAGUCUUGCUCUACAGAAGGAACAAAUAUGCUAUGAUUGCAGUAGCAAGCAUUUUCCUUCUAAUAUCCUGUCUCAUCAGUGCAUUGCUGACAGCUUUUUUGCAAUUACCAGUGCAUCAACCAACAACACUGGCAUACGAGACCUACUUUCAAUACUAUUACAACAAGCCAUAUGCAAGAUAUGGUCCAUAUGUGGUGGGGAUUAUUUUAGGAAUAUUCAUGAAGACUAAAAAUGGUCAUAUUUUAGAACAUCGGUGGCAAGCUGCUCUUGGAUGGAUUACCACCUUCACUGUGAUGGCUUUGUUGGUUGGAAUGGCAUAUAUUUUACAAGAGGUGCCUCAGUACCCCUCAGUAGCUCAUGCUGUGUAUCAGGGCUUGCAUCGCACUGUUUGGGCGGCAGCCGUGGCCUGGAUAAUACUCGCCUGUGAGGAAGGAUAUGGAGGUUUUAUCAAUACAUUUCUUUCAUUGAAUAUUUGGAUCCCAUUUUCAAAUAUCAGUUUUGCUUGCUACAUGAUUCAUCCUGUUCUUAUUAUUCUUUAUAAUGGAAAGCAAGAGACUUCAAUUCAUUAUACUGACAUGAACUUUUUCUAUCUUUUUAUGGGAAACCUGGCUUUGACAGUCAUUCUGGGAUAUGCAUUAACAGUACUGAUUGAAAAACCAUAUUUAUUUCUAAAGAUCUGCAAAAGAUAAAUAUUGCUUUUUCUGGCCUCUACGCAAACAGCUUGCUUUACUUUACUUGGAAAGCAAUGUCAUAAUGUACAGAAGAGAACAUGAAAUGCCAGAAUGUUAAAGAAAAUCAAAUGUACAGAUUUUUUUAAA